AUGAAGGCGUGGGUGCUGGUGGUUUUGUGGUUCGGCAUGGUUGCCGGGCUUUUCUACCCUGUGGCUGACUUCCGGUCGCUCAAAGCAUCGCCUGAAAUCACCUUGAAGAUGUCUCGAAAGCUGGUGGUUAAACCGAAUGGCAGUGCCAAUCGAGCACCUCAGGUUCAACUGAAACAAGUGGAGGUGCCGUGGACUCAAUUUGUCCAACCACUUUACACUGACGAUUCCAAUGCCAUCUAUUAUGCCAAUAUCACAGUGAUCGAUCCGGAGGCUAAUUAUCACGACCAAUUCCUGGUGUUGGUGGAUACCGGUAGUCCCCUCACGUGGUUAUACAACCAGCUGGCACUGGUUGGUUCGGUGCCGCGAUUCAACUCCCCUCGCUCCCUCGAAUCGACUACCACCAAGUGGUACGAGUAUGCUAAGGAAACCGUCAAAUUUGCCAUGAUUGACGGCGGCGAAGGCGUUCAUUUCCGUAUUAACGAUCUCCAGUUCACUAAUCUUACUUGGGGGCUUACCAGCGACUCGCCGAAGAUGCUUGCUCCCUAUGACAUUCUGGGUCUUCUAGGGAUUCUGCCUCGAGCCGGCCCUCAAAACGUGUUAAGCGAAAUGGCUAAUAAGCUGUUAAUACCAUCAGCUCAAUUUUCGCUUUACUUGCUGUCUCAACCUCGCCCUGAACUGGCUGGGCUCAUACUAUGGGGCGAAGAUGACUCGCGUCCUCUUUUCACAAACAAUACGGUAAUUUGGGAGCCGGUGGUAUCUGAUCUGGACUACUGGCUUGUCAACAUGACUCGCAGCCAGCAGGUGAUUAUUGACACUGGCACUACAGGGGUGGUGCUUCCUCUCGCCAACGCUACUGAGCUUCACAAUCGCCAAUUUGGCACUAAAAACGUCAUUGCUGAUGGUGACGGCAACUUUGCCUUCCCCUGUAAUGCCCUGGGAUCAAUUCCAGUGGCCUUUGCCAACCUGACACUCGAGAUUAUCGUGGAUAAUGUAAAGGGCAACGAGUACGCGGAGUACCCUGGCUACUGUGCGCUGAAGAUCCAAGGAAUCGGCAGCCAGUGGAUAUUUGGGGCCGCGUUUCUUAAAGGUUACUAUACAACAUUUGACAUCGACCGCCAACGCAUUGGCUUCGCUAAAUUGCCCACCAACACUACGUUCAAGUUGAGCGGGACUUCGCCUGAGCCAGUGUCGUCGUCUCUGGCUCUGGCAGUCACGGCAACAUCGCUGUUGGCGGUAGCAUCACUGCUGAUGGCAGCAUCCCCGCAACCGCUGCGGGAACUGGAGGGUGGAUCGUCGCGGCUCGUCCCCGCUGGCUUCGGGGUGGUUAUCGCGGCCGUGGCCGUAGCCCUCGCAUAA